AUGGAAUACGAGUCUGACACACACCAAACGUUCAUCAUCGCAAAAGUAAAUCAGCGUUACCGAGGUCUUGCGGCCAUCCAUACUACAGAGCACUUCAGUGUGGAAGACCUAAUAGACAUACGUUUGUACCUCAUGAAGACCUUUCAGAACGCCCGCAAUCAUCCACCGCUCCUCGCAGAACUCACAUGGGCAAGCAAUCAACCUACCACCUUCUGGGACACGAAACGAGACAUCAAAGCCAAACCUGAGUUUCCUUACAUCCAUACAUGUCUUUAUAUUGCGGUGGCAGCCAGUCACCCUCGCAGCAAAGUUACAAGUCUUCCUUUGAACGUGGUCUUCGAUACACUAGAAAGAGAAUUAGGAAUCAUAGUUGUGGAUAUCACAGAUCUAUCUCGACCACGCUGUGCAUUUUUACGGUAUGGUCACAUGAAAAUGCUCGGUUAGCUGUGGAAACCAAUGACAGAUACUCAGCUGCGUAAUUUCGAUCAUAUGUUCUGCAGAUACAGUCGAAUUCGAUAUAAGCUUCAAUCCGUGA